UUCCAGCGCUUUACGGCACGUUGUGAUUUGAAGUUUUGACAUGGCUUCCUCGUUGCUUUGCAGCGAAACACAAAGCAGAGUGAGUUCAGUGCUAAACAGAGAUGUUAAGCAGUAUGGAAAGAAGUACAUGUUUGACUGCAAUGAGGAGACAUGCUGGAACUCAGACCAGGGUGAAUGUCAGUGGGUGUCCCUGGAGUUCCCCAACUCUGUCAGAGUGUCAGAGUUAAAGGUCCAAUUCCAGGGAGGAUUCUCAGCAAAAACGUGCAGACUGGAAGGUUGCCUAAAAGAUAAAGACUUUACAGUGCUCAGCCAUUUUUACCCAGAGGAUAACAACUCUCUUCAGGUGGGGAGCCAUUGUUCUUUUCUAUACUCCAAAUUAGCAGUCACUGCUGAAGUAGCUAUAAAUGUUAUAUUUAACUACUUAAUUUGUGCAAAAAAUAUUGUUCACAGCCACUGAUGAUGCUGUAUGCCAUUAAAAAUAUUUAAGCUCAGCUUAUUCUAUCAAGUAGUUGAUGGUGUUCCUUUAAUAAACAUAAUUCUGUUAUAAAACAUCAGUCUUGGUGUACGCCAACAACAGCUCAAAGCUGUACCUGUCACUACAGGAGCAUGGUGCGUUUCCUGCUUCAUAAAAAGCAUUGGACAAUAUUUUCCUGGACAUGCUUUUCAUCAUUACCACGCUUAUCUUGUUCUUAACUCCAC